AUGCGCCGUCACUUCUCUAUGCCUGCACUUGCUCAGGAAGAAGACCCGGUCGUCCCAUCUAUCCAGCAGGUCAUGAAAGCAAGAGCUCAGGCCAAGAUUGCAACAAUUGACCAGGAAAGACCCUUCUCCAAAGUGUUGACGGACAACUUUUCAAGGCAGCACACUUACUUGCGGAUCUCGUUGACGGAAAAGUGCAAUCUUCGUUGCACGUACUGUAUGCCAGCAGAAGGAGUGGAUCUCUCGCCCAAGGACAACAUCUUGACAACGCCCGAGAUUAUCCGCCUGGCUCGCUUGUUUGUUCAGGAGGGCGUGACAAAGAUCAGACUCACAGGAGGCGAACCCACCGUACGCAAGGACAUCAAUGAGCUCGUCGAACAACUGGGCCAACUGCAACCAAUGGGACUCAAGACGAUCGCCAUGACAUCCAACGGCAUUGCUCUGAAACGAAAGUUGCCCUCGCUGGUCAACAGUGGCAUGAACCUCCUCAACCUCAGUCUGGAUACUCUGGAUCGUUUCAAGUUUGAGCUGAUGACUCGCAGAAAAGGAUUCGAGAGAGUUAUGGAGACUAUUGAUGACGCCCUUGCUCUCGGAAUUGAUCCAGUCAAGGUCAACUGCGUAGUCAUGCGUGGAACCAACGACAAGGAGGUCCUUGACUUUGUCGAGUUUACACGGAACAAGAAGGUCGAUAUUCGAUUCAUCGAGUACAUGCCCUUUGGAGGUAACAAGUGGAAGGAGAACAAACUGGUGCCCUAUCAAGAGCUGAUCAAGAACAUCCAAGCGGUGCACCCAACGUUCAAGAAGCUUGUCGACGAUCCCAACGAUACUUCGAAAGCAUAUCACGUGCCAGGAUUCGCAGGCCAGAUCGGAUUUAUCACUUCGAUGUCGGACCAUUUCUGCGGCACCUGCAACCGACUUCGCAUCACCGCCGACGGCAACUUGAAGGUGUGUCUGUUUGGAAACACAGAGGUGUCUCUGAGAGAUAUGAUGCGUCAAGGCAAGACGGAUGAUGAACUGAGGGAAGUCAUCGAGAUGGCGGUUAAGAACAAGAAGAAGCAGCACGCUGGCGUGUCCAACCUCGUCAACAUGAAGAACCGCCCCAUGAUCCUUAUCGGCGGAUAG